AUGACAACCUCGCCCAUCCACAACCGCUUCCUUAAAUCCCAAGAAGACCUCGGUGUCGUAGCCGUUGGCUUCUCGGGGGGGCAAGGGAAAUCUGGCGUCGACGAGGGCCCUCAAGUCCUAAUCGAAUCUGGCCUCCUCACCCAGCUCUCCGACUCGCUCGGUUACAAGCUCCAUGGCGAUGACAAGGUCCAUUCGUACGCCGAGCUUCUUCCACAAUCCGACGAGCCCUACCGAGGGAUGAAGAAUCCCCUCGCCGUAUCCGCCGUCACGCGCCGCAUCGCAGAACAGACCUACGAACAGUCCCGCGAGGGGCGCAUGACCCUCACUCUAGGAGGCGACCACAGCAUCGCAAUCGGCACUGUGGCAGGUGUCGCAAAGGCGACGCGGGAGAGGCUGGGGCGCGAGACGGCCGUGAUCUGGGUCGAUGCGCAUGCAGACAUCAACAGACCGGAGGACAGUGACAGUGGCAACAUUCACGGCAUGCCUGUUGCUUUCCUCACAGGCCUUGCCACCGAGGAAAAGGAGGAGUACUUUGGCUGGAUCAAGGACGACAUGCGCCUGAACAAGAGGAAACUAGUCUACAUUGGCCUGAGGGACGUCGACCAGGCCGAGAAGGUGAUCCUCAGAGAGCACGGCAUCAAAGCGUUCAGCAUGUUCGACAUUGAUAGAUAUGGCAUCGGGCGCGUCGUCGAGAUGGCGCUGGCCCACAUUGGCUCCGACACACCCAUUCACCUGUCCUUUGAUGUCGACGCGCUCGAUCCUCAGUGGGCGCCCAGCACGGGCACGCCCGUGCGCGGCGGCUUGACGCUUCGCGAGGGCGACUUUAUCUGCGAGAGCGUGCAUCAGACCGGCAACCUGGUGGCGAUGGAUCUGGUCGAGGUGAACCCCCAGCUGGCGCAGGACCAGCUGGUUGGUGUGCAAGAGACCAUCAGGGCCGGCUGCUCCUUGGUGCGGUGCGCGCUGGGCGAGUCGUUGUUGUAG